GGUUGGGGCGGUGCACGGAUCGGAAGCGAGCGGGAAGAAGUGGGGGGUUAAAAAAUGGAACGGGCGGUGUGUCCGCCGGCGGUGGGGAGCCUGAGGCAGCGGCGAUGAGGAGAGGAUCCGGUGGCUGAUGGAGUCGCUGGCGGCCUAUGUGUACAAGGCGGCGAGUGAGGGCCGGGUGCUGACGCUGGCCGCGCUGCUGCUCAACCGCUCGGAGGCCGAGAGCCGGCGGCUGUUGGCACAGGUGAGCCCGGGGCCUGAAGCCGGGCCUGGGCCCGGGCCUGGCUCCGGGCAGAGAGCUACCCCCCUCAUCGCCGCCGCCCGUAACGGUCACACUAAGGUAGUGAAGCUGUUGCUGGAACAUUACCGGGUAGAGACCGAACAGACCGGCACCGUCCGCUUCGAUGGCUACGUCAUCGACGGUGCGACCGCCCUGUGGUGUGCGGCGGGAGCGGGGCACCUCCCGGUCGUUCGGCUCCUGGUCGCUAACGGCGCCAAUGUCAACCACACCACGGCCACCAACUCCACCCCGCUCCGGGCCGCAUGCUUCGACGGCCGCCUGGACAUCGUCCGUUACCUGGUGGAGAACCGCGCGGACAUCCGCAUCGCCAACAAAUACGACAACACCUGCCUGAUGAUCGCCGCGUACAAGGGGCACGCCGAGGUGGUCAGGUACCUGUUGGAGCAGCAUGCAGAUCCCAAUGCCAAGGCGCAGUGUGGGGCCACUGCACUGCACUUUGCUGCUGAAGCUGGCCACCUGGAGAUUGUGAGGGAGCUGGUGAAGUGGCGGGCGACCAUGGUGGUGAACGGCCAUGGGAUGACUCCACUCAAAGUGGCAGCGGAGAGCUGCAAGGCAGAUGUGGUGGAGCUGCUGCUGUUGCAUGUGGACUGCGACCGGAGGAGCCGAAUAGAGGCGCUGGAGCUGCUCGGUGCCUCUUUUGCCAACGACCGGGAGAACUAUGACAUCGAGAAAACCUACCACUAUCUGUACCUAGCCAUGCUUGAGCGACACCAUGACCCCAACAACCCAAUGGAGAAAUCCACCCUGCCUUCCAUCGAGGCUUACAGCGGGCGGACUGAGUGUAGGACUCUAUCGGAACUCGAGGCCAUCCAACAGGACAGGGACGCCCUUCACAUGGAAGGGCUGAUUGUCCGUGAGCGGAUUCUGGGCUCUGACAAUAUCGAUGUUUCCCAUCCUAUCAUUUACAGGGGGGCAGUGUAUGCAGACAACAUGGAGUUUGAACAGUGCAUAAAGUUGUGGCUCCAUGCCUUGCACUUGCGACAGAAAGGAAACCGAAACACCCACAAAGAUCUCUUGCGGUUUGCUCAGGUCUUUUCUCAGAUGAUACACUUGAAUGAGCCGGUGAAACCUUGGGAUGUGGAGAGUGUCUUGAAAUGCAGUGUCCUGGAAAUAGAAAGGGGUUUGUCACGGAUCAAAGACUCCUCUGAGGUGGACCUCCAUGCAGCCAUGGACAAUUGUGAGUCAAACAUUUUUACCUUCUUAUACCUCGUGUGUAUCUCCACCAAAACCCAGUGCAAUGAGGAGGAGCGGGCCCGCAUCAACAAGCAGAUCUACAAGCUGAUUCACCUGGAUCCCCGGACCCGAGAGGGCUCCAGCCUGCUGCAUUUGGCGGUGAACUCUGGCACACCAGUGGAUGAUUUUCACACCAAUGACGUGUGUAGCUUCCCUAGUGCGCAGGUUACCAAACUGCUGCUCGACUGUGGGGCUGACAUGAAUGCCGUGGACAAGGAUGGCAAUGGGCCACUGCACAUCAUCGUGCAGUACAACCGGCCCAUCAGUGACUUCCUCACGCUGCAUGCUAUCAUCAUGAGUCUGGUGGAGGCUGGCGCUCACGCUGAUAUGACCAACAAGCAGAAGAAGACUCCACUAGACAAGAGCACCACUGGUGUGUCUGAAAUCCUCCUCAAGACUCAGAUGAAAAUGAGCCUCAAGUGCCUGGCUGCCCGAGCAGUCCGAGUUCAUAACAUCAGUUAUAAAAGCCAGAUUCCUCAGGCAUUGGAAGAGUUUGUAGAAAUCCAUUGACAUUCUCAGUAGCUCAGAUGAUUCUUUAUGAAACUGGUACUAG